AUGUAAUUUUUACAAUACCCUCCAGAUAAGAAAAUUCAGAAUUAUCAAUUUAGUUUUAAAGCAAAAUUAGGAAAAGGUGCGUAUGGUACAGUUUAUGCUGGUAGAAAUAUCAUAGAUAGUAAUUUAUAAUAUAAAUUAUAAAAAGAUAAGAUUGUGGCAUUAAAGAUAGUAGACAAGAAAAUAUUACAAACAGAUUAUGCUAGUUAAUUGAUAGCAUCAGAAAUAGAGAUAAUGAAAUUGAUUGAAGAUAAAAAUAUUGUUAGAUUGAUUGAUGUUUUAUAAAGUGUGAAUAAUACAUACAUAGUAACAGAAUUUUGUAAUGGUGGUGAUUUAAGAGAAUAUCUAAAAAGGAGAAAGUAUGAUAAAAUUAAAUAUUUUAGAUAAAUUCCAGAAAAUGAUGCAAUUAAUGUUUUAAAGGAUUUGUUACAUGGAAUCAAAGCAUUAUUAAAAAUAGGAAUAAUCCAUAGAGAUAUAAAACCUGCUAAUAUCAUGAUAUAAGAUGGCAUAUUCAAAAUUACAGAUUUUGGAUUUGCAAAAUAAGUGGAUUCUCAUAUUGAUACCAUAAUGAAUUCAUUAGUAGGUACACCUCUUUAUAUGAGUCCAUAAAUUCUGAAAAGAUUAUCCUACACAUCUAAAUGUGACAUUUGGUCUUUAGGGCUAAUAUUUUAUGAAUUAAUUUAUGGUAUCACUCCUUGGCAUUCUCAAAACCUUGUUGAAUUAAUGGCUAAAUUAGAUACAAAAGUACAUUUUCAAUUGUAUUCCUCUAUAGCCUUUAGAAUUUCCACCAUAUCCAAAAGUAUCAGAACUAACCAUUAGAAUUAUUAAAGGAUGUCUAUAGAUUAAUGAAGAUAGGAGAAUUUCAUGGGAUGAACUCUUUUCAUUAGUAGGAAUGUAAGAAUAAACUACUCUACCUGAAAUUAAUCAUAUUUUACCAGUUAUUUAAAAAAAUACUUAAUAAUGCUAAUAUCAAAGUUAAUAAUAACAAUCAACUUAAAUAAAAUAAAAUCUUAGUUUUAUAGAAAUCAAACCUCAUUAAAGAGUUAAGUAAAGAACUGAAAGUAUGGGAACUUAUCAUUUUGUUAGCAGACAUAAUAGAAGUAUGAGUAAUGCAACUACAAAUAAUGAUGUUGAUAAAUCUAAUGAUAAAUAGAAACCUAAAAUUUAUACUAAAACUAAAAUCUCAUAUCUAUAACCAGAUAAUCGUAAAAUUACUCCUUAAAGAAAUAUUACUGCUUAAACUUAAGAAUCUGAAAGAGAUCGAAAUAGUUCCUUUGUUAAAUUUACUACCUAAAGAAUUGAACUGAUUAAAUUCUUAGAAAAUGCCCAUACUCCUCCUAUUCCUAAUAAAAAAUAUUCUACUAAUAAUAAUAAUAAUGAUUCUUUUAGAACACCAAGUAAUUUAUAAUCUAAUUCUACCAAUACAUCCAAUAGAUACACUCACGAUUAAGAAAAUUCAUCCAAUAUCAUUAAAGUCAAUGAAUUUUAAAUUGAAGAAAAAAACAAGGAACCAAUUAAUCAAAUUAUAGCAAAUGGUUAUUUUAAUACAAAUUCAAAUUUAAGAUUAAAAAGAACUUUUAGUAAUCACUUUUAAGAUAAUGCCUUAUCACCAAUAACUUAAUAAAAAAAUUAUAUCCUUUAAUUAUUGAAGAUUAUUCAAAUAUAAUUUGAUCUCAUUCCUAAUCAUAUAAAUAUUAAAUAAGAUAUUGAUUCUCUAUUAAAUCAACAUAAAAUUACUCUUAAUAAUGUUAGAGAAUAACUUUAUACACCAUAAGAUGCUAAAAUAUUAAAGAACAUUAUUAAUACUCUUGUAGAUUAUUUAAAUAAUAAUCCUUAAGAUAAUUUUUUAACAUAAUUAUCUGUUAUGUUGCUUUUGUUGCUUAAUUAUAAUUAAAUUAUAGUUUUCAAUAUAUAAACUAAAUCGUUAUAAUUAUCAAAAUCCUUGAUUGAGUAAAUCACCAAGAAUUAAAAAUUACAAUAACAGUAAUUACUAUUAAGUCCAGAUGUGUUAAGAGAAGAAAUCAAAAAAAUACUUAAAUGA